AUGCGACGUCAAGGACCAGCUGUAAGAGUGCCUGUUGAUCCUGAGAUAGAGAAGACUUGCCGGCAGAACAGAAGAAACAAAAGGUUGGAAAGAGUUGUACACAGGAUUGAGCAAGAGGAAGUUAUGGCCAACUACGGUAAUAAUGGGGGUGCCAUAGAAGACCCAGCUAAUGGUCAGAAUCCACUCGACCGUAGCCUGAGGGACUAUGUGUUGCCAACAAUGACAGGGGUCCAGUCUUGUAUAAGACCACCCACCGUAGAUGCAAACAAUUUUGAAAUAAAGCCAGCCAUACUUCAAAUGGUUCAAUCCACAGUCCAGUUUGGGGGACUACCCACUGAAGACCCAAACAUGCAUCUCUCUAACUUCAUGGAGCUCUGUCAGACAUUUAAGAUGAACGGAGUUAGUGAUGAUGCUAUCAGACUUAGAUUGUUCCCAUUUUCUCUGAGGGAGCGAGCUAAGAGUUGGUUGGUAUCCUUGCCACCUAACUCAAUCAAUACAUGGAAUGAUCUAGCACUGAAGUUCCUCUCUAAGUUUUUCCCUCCAGCUAAAGCAGCUAAGUUGAGAGGAGAGAUCAAUAAUUUUUCUCAGUUGGAUAAUGAGUCUCUUUAUGAAGCUUGGGAGAGAUUCAAAGAAUUGAUAAGAAAGUGCCCGCAUCACGGAAUAGAGAAAUGGAUGCUAGUCCAUAAUUUUUAUAAUGGGUUGUGUGGUACUACUCGCACACUCAUUGAUGCAGCAGCUGGUGGUGCGUCUAUGAGAAAAAGCGCCAAUGAGGCAUAUGACUUGUUGGAAGAAAUGACCAUGAAUAAUCAGCAGUGGCCAAGUGAAAGAAGUUCUUCAAGGAAAGUGGCCGGUAUGUAUGAAGUGGAUGCAAUUUCGAAAUUGACUGCUCAAGUUGAGGCCUUGACUAAGCAAUUGCAAGGCUCAUGCUAUUGGGAAUUUCCUCGACAAAGCAACAACAACCCUUACUCCAAUUCCUUUAAUCAAGGGUGGAGGAAUCAUCCCAACUUCUCUUGGAAGAAUGAUCAGCAAGGCCAAUCUUCAAGCCAGCAGCAGUCAUUCCAACAACUGCCACAGGGGUUCUUUCAGCCAAGAUUUAGACAGCAGCAACAACCCCAACCGACCACUCAUCAUCAGCAGCAACAAAAUUCUGGUGGAAAUUCUAAUGCUCAGUCAGAUGUGUUAAACCAAUUCAUGGCUGAAACUCGGUCUUCUAUUAGAAAUUUGGAGACCCAAAUGGGACAAUUGGCUACUCUCAUGGCUAAUCGUGCCCAAGGUAACUUGCCUAGCACCACUGAAGUCAAUCCGAAAGAGAAUUGCAAGGCAAUCACGUUGAGAAAUGGGAAGAAUUAUGAGGGACCAAGUGAGAAGCAGCCAGUUGAAGAAGUGGGUCAGGAUCAAGAGGCAUAG